UUUUCGGUACCCGCACCAUCCCGAGCCACAUCCUCACUCUUCUCCACUCUUCCUCAAUUUCCCCUCUUUUGAUAACUGUCCUACCCCAAUGAAGAAGAUCAAUCAACGAUUUGAUUAGCGGCCACCACGUCUCUGCUGAGGAGUGUCCUGCUGCUUCCAGCCAACCUUUGCUUACUGACUUCUGGAAUUGGAGGUCAUACUGCAUAUAAACCGUUGGGGUUCUUCAGAUCAGCUUUGGAUGCUUCACAUUUUUCUUUUUGAUGUUUCUCACAACACUAGAAACAAGCAAGCUGCAAGAAGUUCGUAAUCCAAAACAAGCAAGCAGCAGGAAGUCCGUAAUGCUUGGCAUUCUGUUGAGUUAGCCCGUAUAGGUGCAGGAUUGGCGUCUAGCAUGAAUGCAGAUCGAAGCCCCUGCACAAAACAACCUGCUAGUUGUGCACAUCAGUUUCAGUGGCUUCAGUCUACUGUCUAAGGUACACAUUCUGAUUUUGUAUUAGUCUUUCUGUUUAGUUCCAGUGACUGUUUUAUGACUUUAGUUUAUUCGUUAGAUCCGGUCUUCACUUAUUUUUUUCUGUUGUUGAAUAUAAUACUUGUCCUUCCACAAAUGCUUACAUCUUACAUGAGUUCUAUUCGAAAACAUAGUCUUUUGUAUGUAGUUAUAGACUUUAAAUGUACUGAUAAGCAUACAAUAGUUCUUGGUUUCUUGAGUUAUACCUCAAAGGCUCAAAUGAGAGAGUUUAGUGGAAGGAUGUCAUGCAAAAUUCCUAUAUUAGCUUUCUUUAAUCAGUACUUCUCUUCAAUUGUAAUUUCUUAAAAGAUUUUUUUGUCCUCCCUGAUUUGCUAAUUCAUUUUUGGUCAUAUUCCAUGGUUCUCUUUGUCUCAUGAGAGAAACGUGCCGAAUGCGGUCAAUGAAGCUGACUAAGGUAUUUGUAUCAAUUGUUGAUGUACAAGAUGGAGGGCCUAGUUGGAUUCAUAUGAUGGAUCGUUCUACUACUACUAUGACCUACCAAACUUGGCACAGAGAUCCCCCGGUUGGUUUGUAUUGCUUUUCUUUUGUGGAAUGGCAUGUCAGUCAACUAGUUAAGAGAUACUUGGAUGUUAUUUAUUCCCUUUCUAAUUUGAGUUGACAUUGUAAUUUUGUGUAUUAAAAUAAAAGAAAAUUUGUCAUAAAGGACCUUUUAAAACACAAAAUUGUGAAAAAUGAUCUUUUAAAAAAAAGUUGUGAAAGAAGGCCCAAUUGGGUUUUUUUGUUGUGAAUAAGGACCAUAAGCCAUAUUCCGGUGGUCAACGGCUGUUUUCCGGCGUUGACCAUCCCGGCGUUGACCAUCACGUGACAUGCACGUGUCUUAAAUUUUUACAAUUUUUUUUAAAGUUUCCUUCCAUGUUUCCCCCACCCCCCACCUAACUUAUUCAGAUCUUAAAAAAAAAAAUCGAUUCUUGAAAUUAGGUAACACUAAGAACCCUAAUUUCAAGAACCAAAAAAUUGGAGAAAUUUGAGGAAAAAAAUUAGGGCUUUUAGUGUUAUCUCGUACGAAAAGGACCGACAAGCAAUUGGGUUGCGCGAAUUUGGUUGAUUUCAACUGGGGAGAAGAAAUUCGUGGUUGGAAGGAAGAAGAAAAUGGUGGAGGAGCAGCAGAGCAGGAGAGAGAAAAUCGAUUUUUUUUUUAAGAACUGAAUAAGUUAGUUGGGGGUGGGGGAAACUUGGAGGGAAACUUUUAAAAAAAAAUGUUAUACAGGUGCGUGUCACGUGAUGGUCAAUGCCGGAAAACAGUCGUUGACCACCGGAAUAUGGCUUAUGGUCCUUAUUCACAACAAAAAAAUUCAAUUGGGCCAACUUUUUUUUAAAAGGUCCUUUCUCACAAUUUUUGUGUUUUAAAAGGUCAUUUCUGACAAAUUUUCCUAAAAUAAAUAAUAAACUUGAAUGAUUCACACAAUGGUCCUACACAAUAUCGUUGUAGAACAAAUGUAUUAAUGUUUAUUUAUCUAAUAUAUAAUAUAUUUAAUUUUUAUAUAUCCUCUCCCUAUGUAUAUAAUUAAAGGGGAGAGAGGGGGGUGAAUAGAGGAAGUUUAUCUAAAAAACCCCUCCUUUAUGUUUAUGUAAAAGAGGAAGAAUAUAAUACAAUUAUCUUUGAAACCAUCCUUCAUCUUAAUGUAAAAGAGGAAGAAUAGAGGACGGUUGUCUUAGCAACCGUCCCCUAUUUUAAUAAAUACAUAACUUAUUCCUUUUAUAUUUUCUGAUUUGAGGAAGGGAAUAGCGGGCGGUUUAUUGAGACAUUGUCCUCUAUAAAUAUGUGUAUAAAACAUAUACUUCAACCGUUCUAUAUACUAUAGGCAUCACUUAGUAGAAGAACGGCCCUCAGGCAAUCUAUAAAGCCUAUUUCAACCGUUCUUUAUUCCAUUCUUUGUAAUAGUGAGUACUUUUUAGGAGCAACUUAAAUUUCAUUGAUGCUAAAUAAAGUUUUAGAUGGCACCAUUACUUCAUUAACGCUAAAAACAAAAAAUUCGGGGCAACUUUUAUUUCACUGAUGCUAAAAAAAAAAUUUAGAUGCAACCAUUUUUUCUUAAUGCAAAAAUGUAAUUUUUAGGGGCAACUUAAAUUUCAUUGAUGUGAAAAAAAUGGUUUAUGAGGCAACCAUUAUUUCGUCAAUGUUAAAAAGUACAUUUUAGGGGCAACUAAAAUUUAACUGAUGCUAAAAGAAGUUUUAGAGGCAACCAUUAUUUCAUUAAUGCCAAAAAAUAUUUUUAGGGGCAACAUAAAUUUCACUGAUGCAAAAAAAAGAAGUUUUAGAGGCAACCGUUAUUUCAUUAGUGCUAAAAAAUACUUUUUAGGGGCAACUUAAAUUUCAUUGAUGCUAAAAAAAUAUUUUAGAGGAAACUAUUAAUUCACUAAUGCUAAAAUGUAAUUUUUGGGGCAACUUAAAUUUGUUGAUGUUAAAAAAAUAUUUUAGAGGCAACCAUUAUUUUAUUGAUGUUAAAAAGUACUUUUAGGGGCAACCUAAAUUUCUCCGACACUAAAAAUAAUUUUAAGAGGCUACCAUAAUUAACUAAUGCUAAAAGACACUUUUAGAGGCUAAAAUUAAUUAUUUGCCUCAAGGUGUUGCCCCUAUAUGUAAAUUUUCUUGUAGUGUUACCAAGUGUGAGGGGGUCGAAAAAGCACGAGGCUAAUGCGUGACCUCGUCCCUCGUGGGUGUGACGCUUCUUUUUGUCAAAUCAAGUGUAAUUGGAUUUCCUAUGAGUUUACACCCAAUUGACUAGUAAUAUAGGAGUCGCCAUUCAGUUUUUAACGACAAUGAGAUAAACUGACAAACCCCGGUUAUCGUGACAUAAAGGGAGUGCAAUUAUGUUUGACCACGACGGCCGUAGGUUCCCUUGUGAUCCCUGGUGGUGGGGAUCGCUCAACGUACACCCGCAGGGUAGAGAUUGAGGGUUCGGGGGACUGUAACUACCGAGAGGAGUACUCGCUCUUCGAUAACUCCAGAGGCAGGAUAUCCUUACUAGCUCAGCAUAAAUAAUUGAAGGGACAUGCGUUAACUAUUAAACUAAUCUGAGUUGAUUUUAACAAUAUGCAACAUAUAGUACUAGAUCGAGCGCGAUUAUCUGAUUUAGAUUGUUUUAAGGGACCUAGCAUGAUAAUCCGAUUUCCCAAAAAUAUCAUAUUUAUUAAGCGUGAUCGAACAAUCAGAUUUUAGUUAGUUUAACAGUUCAUAAAAGGGCGAGGAAAGCAAUUAAACCAUGGAAAAGGGACACAUUACGACGCACCCUUGAGAGGUGUGUCACGGUUCUCAGAAAACUAACCACUUUGACUUUGCUAUUUCUCCUUUUAUUUAACGAAUCUCAAAUUAUGGGACGGGAUACGUUCUGUUCGAUUUAUGGAUCGAUUGCGACAGAACGCGUGAUCAGUUUUGCAGCAUGAGGCUUAUGCUUAGGGGUUUAGAGUCAAUACUCAGAAUAAUAAUUGUGUGUUGUGUCCUUUUCACGUCGAACUUAAGGCCCUAUUUAUAGAAAAGAGUUCGUGGAAAGAUAGAAUUGCAGAACUCUAAUCCACGAGGAAUUAGGAAAAAACACGUACCAGGUAUUUUCAGCGCCCAGGCCUGGGCGCCGAAGAUUUCGGCGCCCAGAGCCAGGCGUUGAAAAUAGGAGCUGGGCUGUUUUUCUUAGUCAGAUUCAGAUUCCUCGAAUCCGGAGUAUUUGAGAUUUAAUUGAGUCUUUUAGUGCGUAUUAACUUUAUGACGGAAUGCGUCUGGGCCCGUUACGAACUCUAGGCUCAUUAGGACUUUAAUUAAUACGUAACUCUUAUUUUCGAAUUGUAUUAGGAAUAGGAUUCUCUCGCAAUUUCUAUCUCAUUUAGGAUUUAUGUUGGAGUGCAACACCUAAUUCUGACAAGUUUCUAUCUUUUAUGACUUGCCACUUUUAACAACUACCCAUUACGGCAGUUACUAUUUUUAGCAGGUUUCCAUAAAUAGCAGGUUUCUAUAAAUAGCAGGUUUCGGGUGAAAUGAAAAGGGGAAUUGAGAUUCGUUAUUUUAUAGGAGAUGCGUUGUCAAAUGGAGAUUUUAUGCUUUCAUCAUCGAACCUUCCCUUUCGGGAAUGGGGACAAAAGUAGGUGUCUACAGUUAGCCCCCACUUUGACUGAGUCUUGGAGUAAGACGAUGGUCAAAGUAUUAGACGGAGUGCGUCGCACAAGUCAUGGUGACCUGCUUUUGCGAGGGUCUCACGAGCCCCCGAGUGAUAACAUUUGACUUAAGGGUCAUCACUUGGAGUGUCGACAUAUCCCUCACGUGUCAUUGGGAUUUGUCAACGGAUAAUAUAGAAACUUCCUCACUUUGUCAUUGGAAGGAUCUAAAGGUGCGCAAAAACUCCCUCACUUUGUCAUUGGGAGUAGCUACAGAUGUUUUCGAAAUCAAAGCUAUAAAGUGUAAUUGGGCCUGGCCAAGCCCAAUCACCAAGUAAAAAUGUUUUUAAAGAUUCUCAUUUUCAGGGUUAGUUAACGAGAAAAAUCCCCUUGUUUUUAUGGGACGUAAAACGAAGGAAAAUCCAGCACAUCGUUCUUUUUUGGAAAAAUGGAAAACCAAUCUUUUAAAUUUUGGAAAACAGGAAAACUACUCACAUCGUUCUUUUUUGGAAAAACAGAAAACCAAAAGCUACUCACAUCGUUUUUGGGAAAAACGGAAAACCAGAAAGAGUUAUCGCUGCAGCGACUAAGGACCUGCGCGGUUAGUGACGCAGACCCCGCCGGCUAAAGAUGGCGAGCCUGUCCCCUAAGGGUGGACACCCCGUCCGAUAGGAGUGGACGAAUCUGCUUUGAAAUUUGUUUGUGUUUAUUUUUGAAAAUAAGGACCUACGUGGUUUGCGCCGUAGACCCCGCCGGCUGAAGAUGGCGAGGCUGUUUCAUUUUGUUUUUGAAGAUUCUAUUUUUCGAAAAUUGAGGACCUGCGCGGCUAGUGACGCAGACCCCGCCCGCUGAGGGUGGGCGAGCCCAUUUUGAAUUUCUUACUUUCUUUAUUUUGCCUAUGUAGAAGGGCUUUUGUGAUUACAACCUGUUGGUGGGUCGCAAUAUUUCCUGAUUAGGUGUGUCCUAUAAGUGGGUCCACACUGUGUAUAUUUUUUGUUAACGAUAUUGCAAAAUACCGUUUUUGGGAAAGAAAUAUCAAGAUAACGGAUAUUUUACACAAAUAGGGGAUUGCGCGUGCCCGACAGCGAAUAUUCGCUGUCUGGGAAGCACUUUCCGCGCCCAGCUCUGGGCGCGAGAAUUUCUAACGCCCGGUGUUGGGCGUUGAAAAUGCGAAGGGGAGAACGGUCUUUAAAAGACGCGACCGUCUUGUUCUUCUUCUCAUUUCCGCCAUUUUCGUUCUUACUCUCCAUUUCAUUCUACUUAUUUUUGCUCGUUUUCUUCACUUUUCUUCACGAGUUCUACUCCAAAUCACUUCCUAAUCUUCCCAAUGUAAGUAAUUUUCAGUAAUUUUGAGAUUUUUUUUGUCAAUUUCAGUAUUUUUGUCAAGUAUUUUUAUGCAUGAAAUUGAUUUGAGGGUUUUUUAUUUUGUGCCCCUUUCCUUCAAUUAGAUAGUUGGAAAUGUUCUACAUAACAUGUUAAUUAGUUUGUGCAUGUUAAUUUUCGCAAGUAUGUUGAUUCUUGUUGAAUUUGGGCAUUUUUAUACUAGCCCCCAAGUAUACCUACGACUCUAGUGUUUUCUUACAAUGUAGGUGUUUUUGGUAUAUUGCUUGCGUUCCUCACAAUUCAUGAAUGACAAAUCAUGGAAGAAUUUUGAUUUUGUUGGAGUUAAUAAUAAUUUUUCUAUUUAGGGAAUUUUUGCUCAAUAUGAACUUAGUACCAUGGUUUUAGGGAACAAAAAUUGUAUGACUCCAUUUUAUGAGCGGAAUGCACUUUUUAGUGAUUGGUGUGAGUGCCAAUUUUUGUUAAAGGUAUAAUGCCUUGUUGUAUCGUUGAUCAGCAUGUCUGACGAGUUAUCUCCUCCUUCUGGUGGCCACGAGGAGCGUGGCAUGACGCGUCAGUCUACUGGCGCGGGACCCCUAUGGGUGGGUCCUAAGUUCUACGACGGUCUAGACCUGCACUACGACCUAGAGCACCACGUGACUACCCGCCUUCACGCGAGGAGGGACACUACGGUUCGCGGCUACGGUGCAGCGACGAGCGAGACUAUUUUUGGUUUCCUGAGCUCGGAUGCCCAGGCUUUGGUGAGGGCGAGCUCACUUUUUCCGGUGGUCGAGACCUUCUGGGAGAUACUGCGGCUUAACAUCUCCCUGUCCUUUUUGCGGUCGCUCAUGUGGUGGUGGGAUACCACCAACACAUUCCAUUUUCCUUGGGGUGAGAUGACGAUCACUCCUGAGUACUACACGGCUUUGACGGGCUUGACCUUUACAGGGAACCCCGUUCGCCUGGGGUCGGAUGGCCCACCGCCGACCGUUGCUGAGGGUACCAGGCUCCUGGGCUCGUGGAUGGGCAUGAGAUUGCCUUCGUACCAGCCUCGUGGGAUACCUUUUGCUGACCUGAUGUGGGCCCUGGAGCAUGGGGUGGAGGAGUCGUCUUCGAGACAGGCCCGACUGUUCUACCUCCAUUUUAUUACUUCCACUUUUCUAUCGGGUCCGACUGACACCUUUGACCCGAGGUAGAUAGGCAUGGUGGAGGACGUGUCUACGCUGGGUGACUAUCGCUGGGGCGAUUUGGGCUACGCGACGCUCGUCGGCCAGUUGAGUUUGGCGGUGCGCGACUUGGACCCGUGUAGACGUCACUUUGUCAUUACAUUGGCGGGAGUGCCGCGUUUGAUCGAGCUGUGGGCUUUUGAGCACUUGCCUUGGCUGGCUCCCCGAAAGGGGCAGAGGCCUUUGGAGUACCCUGCCGGUCGUCGUUGGGGUUGGAAGAAGAAGCUGACUGCGCGUCCACCGCCCGAUACCGUGUGGGACCUCAUUCGGGACGGGAACCCUGAGCAUGUGGUUUGGACCCCAUGGCUCUCCUUUAGGGGUACUUAUGCUUCGGUCAGGGAUAGCUAUGCCCUGAGCCAGAUGCGGGUCUUGUUUGUUGGCCGCCGCGACCCUGUCUGGUACCUGGGAGAGCGGGUACGUAUGCAGACGGUCGGGGCUUUUUCGGUGCCUAAGCCUUCACCUGCGACCAUGCUGUCUACUCGUUCGAUAGGCGAGUCGUGUAGGGUCUACUCGAGGACUGGUGUGCCGGCGACGGAGUUGGUGAUAGCGGGAGCUAGCUAUUAUCAGUUUGUCCAGGAUUCCCUUCGUCUCCCGGAGCCUGGCGUUGAGUAUCCUGACCCUUCGUUAGGGGGAUGGGUGCUUCCCGAUGCUCAGAUCUCGUAUACCGGAGAGAGUGGAUCCGAGAUUGUGGAGACUUUCCCGGAAGACCGGGUUUUCCAUGCUCCGCUCCCUGAGGAAGUACAGGCGGUUCCGGCCCGUACGGCCAACGCGAUGGUGGGAGUGAUCAACCGGUUGAAGUCCGCGUUGGUUCGGGCCCGAUCUGCACUUUCUUGCAGGAGCCCCCACUCCACUCGGACGGGGGCUGGACGAGCCGGGGCCGACGACGCAGGUCCCUCGGGUGGGGGACGCGGUCGUGAGGAGAGAGAGAGGGCACGACGCUCGCCCCUGCGGCAUCGCCGUUCCGAUGUGGGGACGAGUUCUUCCGGGGAGAGGUCCGAGCCGGAGCGCAGGCGACGUUCCGUGUCGGUGGCUCGAGAGCCUAACCCCGAGUUGCAGCCACAACCUCAUUUUUGGGGUGAUUCUGGCUGGGGGUCCUCAUACCACGGGGAGUGGAGUGGAUGGACCGGCGAGGCUUGGAGACAUGAAGCCGAUGACGAGUCUUAGGCUUGCCUCCUGUUUUGUAUAUAUUCAUUCUUGUAUUCCGCAUGUAUAUAUAUUUUAUUUUUUGCGAAGGUGCAAGAAUGUUUUGAGCCUUCCAUGGGCUUUGCCUCAACAUAUUAUAACAAUAUUAGCUUUCUAAACCAACGACGAAUUUUGAAAAGAGAAAGAAUUCCAUAAAAAUAAUGAGUUCA